CAAACUGUCAGUUUGAUUAUUGUACCAUUUGUGGUUAUUGUUUUGUUGAUAAAAUAAUUUUAACCUAAUUGGAUAUUUUCUCCCUUCUUUCCAAGAAAUAUGACUGUGUGUGCAACAUAAUACUAUUUGUAGAUAGUUAUAGGUACAUAUUUAACUUUUGGAUGAUUUAAGUUCCAUAGGAAUCACAUCUUUGUUUUAAACAUGUCAAGGACCCAUAUGAGGCCAGUUUUUGGCCAUAAACCGUCCUGCUGUAUCUCUCAGAGGCUCACAGAAAGGCUGAACCGAAUAAGGGCCAUGAAAUUAGAACUAACUAGAAAACCAGAAAAACCUGAGGAUUUUAUAAUGUAUGAUGACAGUGAUACCGAAGAAGAACCAUACUAUGUACAAAGAGAGAUAUUGAGCACAUCAUACAACUUUGUAGAUUACAUACGAAAUAGAGAAAUCCAGAAUAGUAAAUUAUCUUCUAUCGUGAGUGAUUAUGGUAGUAGGCACAUCUUAACCCAUGAGAUGUUCCGUGAGACACCAAUUAGCUUAGGAAACAUGAAUAAAGUAUUUUGUUCUCAGUGGUUAAGUGACAGACAAGUGGUUUUUGGAACUAAAUGCAAUAAGUUAAUGGUAUAUGAUGUAGCAACACACAAGUUAGACCAGAUACCUUCAUUGAUAAGUAAGCGUGAUAUACUUUCCAAUGAGCAGCAGCAAUGUGGGAUUCAUUCAGUACGAAUCAAUCCAUCUAGAACUCUCCUUGCAACAGGAGCUAGAAAUACCUGUGAUAUAGCUAUAUAUAGACUGCCUACCUUGGAUCCUGUUUGUGUUGGAGAAAAUGCUCAUAGAGAUUGGGUCUUUGACAUGUGCUGGUUGGAUGAUGAGUUCCUAGUGUCAGGUUCUCGUGACACAAAAAUGGCAUUAUGGAGAAUUACUCCCGACUUGCUAGAAAGUAAAGAGGAAGUUCCUAGACAUCAUCAUGUGCAGUCAGUGGCUGUAAAAGAAUGCAGAGCUGCUCAAAAGGUGAGAGCCCUCACCUUCAACAAAGGUUAUAAAGAGAUUGCUGCUCUCAGUCUUAAUGGCUUCAUUCAUGUGUGGGAUGCGGAAACAUUCAGGCAAAAACUUUCUAAAAAACUGCCUUCUGCACAAGAAAAUGUUUGUUUAGCAGUCCAGGACUCGGGAUUGUAUGCAAUUGGAUGUAGGUCUUAUACUCUUCUGCUAGAUAGUAGAACAUUACAGCCUGUAAGAAAAGUGUCGUCGAGAUAUUCAGGCUGUGGUAUCAGAUCUGCAAGUUUCCAGGGUGAUGUUCUGACAGUUGGCACUGGUCUGGGCAUGUUGAUGUUCUAUGAUAUCAAAGCCGGAAAAUAUUUAGAAUCUAGUAUUAACUCGUCAAGAGCUGUCGUACUUAAGGCCAGCAAAGGGUUUGUGUUUCCUGAUGAAGAAUUUGUAGACAACAUUCAAAACGUCAAGUAUGUACCAGCAAUUUAUACACAUUGUUACGACUCUAGUGGUACAAGAUUAUUUUCCGCUGGUGGACCCCUACCUGCAACCCUCACUGGAAAUUAUGCGGGGUUGUGGCAAUAAGAGUGAGUAGAUAGAAGGUAUAGGAAGUACCUACUUAUGGCAUUAACUAAAAGUGAAUGCCAGAUGUACCUUAGUACUAAGUACUACGAUUAUGAAUUAGUUCCAAGAGCCUAUUUAUAGAUGCAUUUACGUUUGAUUUCAAAACUUAAAAUCUACUUUUCGACAUUGACUACUAAAAAAAAAUAAUCCAAUAUCUGUGCUGCACUUUCUCCACCAAAAAAGUCCUCUUCUUAGCAUUAUCUAUGGGGCCGUCAAUACUGACAUAUUGGUUGCAUGAAGUUUAUUUUUGUGCAUAAUGUUACUGUUUCUCUGUUUAGGAAAUGUGCAGCAUACAUUUUGGAAUGUAUCUGGUGUGCAAGAAAAUCAAGUAACAAGCUCGAUAUAAUCCUGUUUUGAAAAUCCAUAGUAUUUUGGUUUUAAUAUUACACAACGGCACUAGUUUUUAGGAUCCCUUUUUAUUUUAUUUUUUUUAUUUAUUAUUUUAUCACCGACUGUUCACUACUUUAUAGUUUAUGACUAACUUUUCGUAUUUGAAAGUUUUAAAUCUGUAAUAAUUACAUUUGACCAUUGAUUAACGUAUUAUACCUGAAGAUAACCAACCUAAUGCUACAUUCGCGUGUUCAAAAAAAUUCCCCGUAAUGAAAUGAGAUACCGUAUUGUCAUCUAUGAGAAUUUCCCCGCUCUGCAAUAAUUAGAAAUCUACGUUGAAAAGCUUAGUGUCUCAUAGAUCGCGCUGUAGCCAACUGUAUAUACGAGCAUAUCAUUACAGCAUCAUCUAUGAGACACUAACCUUUUCAAAGUAGAUUUCUAGUUAUUGCGGAGACCAGAAAAAUAGCUGUAAGAAAUUCUCAUAGAUUGCGUAACGGAAUCUCAUUUCAUUUUGGAUCAUUUUUCGCGCCCGUGAAUGCAGUAUUCGGAUAGCUAUCUUCAUGUAGAAUACUUUAAUCAUGAUUUGGCGUAUUUUCUCAUAUUUGUUAUAUCAAACUGUUUGCUUUAUUAUCCCCAAGUUUAUAUUUUGGCAGUGUCCAGUGUACAUGGGCGCCUUCCUGAUGAGCCAGUUCGCUCAUGAAAUUUUCGUAUUUAGCGUGGCUUUGUGUACAUAUUGAGGAUUGGCCCCCCUGAGAAAAUUUGCUACCCCUUGCUCUUCAAAAGUGUUUAAGGUGCCCAUGAGGAGAAGCAUUGUAUUGGCUAUCAGAAUAGUGAAUUCAAAUAUAAAAAGCUACAUAUGUCAUUAUUUUGAUUCCUAAUGCAUUGUAAAUACAAACAUUGAGCAAUUCAAAAUUGAAAAGCAAUCAGUAGAUAGUUUAGAACAAUUUCCGUGUACAAUCUAUAAAUUGAGAAGUCAGAUUCUGUCUGUAACAAGGUAUUUUUCUUUGUAAAUAGCUUUAUCUGGUUUCUUAUAGCUCCUUCACGUUGGAAUCAGUAAUGAUCAGAAAGACCUUACAGUUUAUAAUACGUUUAACAUUUUAGCAACUGCCAAGGCAUCAAACAGCUGGCAUGUGGAGUGUUUUUUUUUUUCUUCAGUUUGUCAUUAUGUCAAGGAUAAAAACAUACUGCCACCGGUUAUGCAAGGAGAAGACCGGCACCGGUAUUACGUAUCUUAAAAAGUGACAUCUUGUCGGUUUUUUAAGCAGGAUUCCAAUAAUUUGGCAAAUCUAACAGCAAUACAUGAAAAUAGAUCGGAAAUAUUUGAAAGUAUGGCCGGGCUAGAAAAAUAUUAUACGUUUAAAAGCGCCAUCUCAGAAAAAUAUACAUAUAAGAUUAUUUUUUAUUAUUGUGCUCCUUCACGCACUGAAAAUAAAGGUUUUUAUAGUUUUUAGUCUUGAUUUCAACAUUGCAUAGUUUCUUCAAAAAUCGUAUUAACAAGGUGUCUUCAAGCUCCUCAUAGCAGUCGCGGGACUUCGGCAUUCAGGUUUCUGCCUAUGCCGCUGCACCAGUUUGAAAAAUAGUGUUGCAAAAGCAUUUUCAACGAAACGCUGGCCAUAUGAAUAAAAACAUUGUACCUACGUUACUAUUCCAACCUGAUGAAUCAAAUGAAUAUAGACAGUGGAAUUUGUAUGCAUGCUCCGGUAAAAUUUUAAUCCAAAUUUUAGACAAUGAGCGCGUUCAGCCAACGUAAAGCGGUCUAGCGGGAUACCUUUGUUAGUGUUUUGUCAGCAGUUUUCACUUUGGUGUCAGAUUUAAUAGUCUGUUAUACCAGGAGAACCGGCAAAAUAAGCAAGAAACAACCUCAACACUUACGCCUGACUGAGAGCGCAAUGAUGGAAGCGAGUACCAGCUACUGCUCAGGGCAUGAGGUUUUACGAGAUCCUGAUGCUUGAAUCUGCAGGUAUGCUUUUUUUUUAUACAACCGCACGUUUGAAUUUGCCAGGCAACCCGGCGCUGUAAUCUGUUCUACUUUUAUCAUUCAUAAAAAUCAAGUUUUAUAAAAAAACAGAUACCUGCAGAUUCAAGCUACCGGAUCUUAGACUUAAUCAAAGUACAAAGUUGCCAGAUGGCUCGAACAAAAUUUCCCCAGAACAAGAAUAAAAAUCCCCCAGAAUUGCUGUUUUUUCGAAAAAAGAAAAACAAAUCAUAGUAAUGGAAAGGAGUAGGUUUUGUCCAAAUAUUACCCAAGCAAAAACCUCCCAAUUUUGAGAAAAAAUCCCCCAACGUGGCACCCUGUCAAACCACCACUGGUACUCUCGACGACACAGCAAUGCCGUAGUUUCUUCUGGUAUAUAGGCUCCUUGGUUUGUUGAUUGAUUGUUGCGAAACCUUCAACUCUAUUCCACGGCUACCGAUAUUCAGCGGUGCACUAGUUUAUGUUGGCUGAAUACACCCAUUUAUAUUAAAAAACAUUUCAGCCAUUAAAAAUUGUGUCAAAUCAUUGAUAAGUGCCAAAACUAACAUGAUAAUGAAAAGCUCAUUUCAAAUUAACAAAAAAAAAUUGUUUCAGUUUUAACAUCAUUCAAGAAAUUUAGAGCUGCGUAAAAAUUCAUCAGUCUGUUGAUACAUUUCAACACCUUAUAACGCUGAAUAAUCUCAGAUUAUAGUAAGAACAGUGCUUCUAUAUGAGACUACUGGUACGAGGGUUGAUCUAGAAAUAAGUUUUCCAAAGAGGUACUAACUUGCAUACUUCAACAUAAUGACAAAGGUCUCACUGACCAUCUUGACAAACAUUGGAAUAAUAUGCCUGGUUGAUGUUUACAGUACAUUUGAUUUCUGAUGUAAAAAUCUAAAAUUCCAAAGAACCUUAAAAAUAAUUGGCAUAUGAUUGUAUAUGAUAAUGUAUUAUGAUGAUAUGAGAUGUUGAAACAGUUGACAUAUGUAUGUUGAUAUAGUGCAAUUGUCCUAUUUAUUUCAAUAUGGAUAGGCUUACUAUAUAAUGGAUAUGUGUUGAGUAAAGUGGAAGACUUUU